AUGCUGGGAAUAAAAGGCUUUUCUCGACGACUCAAAAACAAAAUAUCAAAAUUAUUCAAACACCAUGGCGAGAGGAAUACAACCGAAGACACCAUCCCCCACGCAAAGACUACACCGUCUUCAGGACGACAUCCAACCAUCACUUUCGAACCUUUCAUCGAAAAAGGUCCUUUAAUAUCCGCAUACGCAAAUUACACACCCAAAGUCACAUUCUCAUACUUACCGGGACAUACCUCAUUUCAGACGGGAUAUUUCGGAGUAGAAGAUACUGCAACCGUUUCCGGAAUGCUUAAUCUCCGCUUCCCCGACAAUGACCCGUGUUUGGCCAAGAGCAUUGUCGUAUCCUUAAUCGGAGAAGAACGCAUACGAUGGACCGAAAAGAACUCUGACGCCGAGACACCGACAAAAUCAACUAGCCGCAGAAGAUCCGAACUAACAAAUAGACUGGCCUCUAACGUAUUCUGUAAUCAGAGCAUAUGCGUCUGGCAAACGUGUCUGGUAGGAUACGAAGAGAUAUGUUCGUUAGAUAUCCCUUUCGCAUUCAAUCUCCCGACAGAUCUACCCGGCUCACUGUACCUCGACGAUGGAGUGGGCGUGAUUUCUUAUCGAUUGCGAGCAACAAUAACCCGAAAAAAUCGACGAGCGCUCCACGUCAGUCGUAUCAAAGAAGUCGCAGUUGGACUUUGGCUUACGAAAUACGCCGAAGAACCUGCCGUGUUGGAUGACGAUAGAAGUGCACAGAGUUGGAGCGUUGCAGAACCAAAUUCAGAGAUACCAAUACGAUGGUCUUCUUGGAAUGAUGCCGCGGCUAUCCAAAGAGGGCUCGGUUGGGAAAUCACCCUGAACAAGACCUUGUUCGGUCCGGAUAACCACAUAAUGGUCUCUGUCAAGCUAUUGUUCAUGGAUCCGAGAGUAAAAGUUGAAUCCAUCUCCUUUGGUCUGCAAGAGAUUAUAACCUGUCACAUAGAUGACGAACAAAUCGUCAACAAGUCUAAAAAGUACAUUCGUCAUGAACGUGUUCGUGGAGAAGACAUUGCAAUAUUGCCUGGCCCUGACACGGAAGGGUUCGUGGUCUUUGUGACUCCAACCGAUGGUGUUACCUUUGACGUGAACACUAUGCAUAUAACUGUAAAGCACAAGGUAAAGAUCAGAAUUGAUUUUAAUCAAUAUGCCGCUAUUGAAAAAAACAUUGUCAUUCGGAACUUUAUAUCAAAAAACGAAAUUGCUCUACGAUCUGCUGCGCAAGAGAGAGGGCAGAAAAGUAUAAAGGUUGAUGAAUGGCGAAUGUCGAGAACCUCGCAGAGCAAGCGGAUGCAGGAUAAAACAUUCCGCGAAAGCAAACGUUAUAGCACGAACGGGGCCGGCGUAGGUGGGAGCGGCGUUGUGAGGAUGGUCGGUGGGAAUACAACGUUCGCAUUGGAGAAUGAAAACUAUGAUGAUUUGCGACGUCAAGAGAUAGAAGAUAGGCUAGUCGACAUGCAAGAUGAAAUGCGGCAUGAUUACCUUGAUGAUCGGGAAAAAGAACUGGAUAGUAUCCAAGCGGAAGGAUCAACAAGCGGUGGAUAUGGGUAUGCCUUGAACAAUGGUCACGUUAAACUGAAUUCAGAUGAUGAGAAUGCACGCCAACGGUACUAUGAGAGUCGAGGAUGGAUAUGA